UGUGUGUGUUGGUUGAGCUACUGGUGUGUCGACUGUCUCUCUCAUUCCUCCUCAAUCGGUCUCCCAGGGAAGUCUGUCUGCUCUCUCGGUGUACAGUGUGUGUGACACGUACCAGCGUGCACGUGUGUGUGUGUGUGUGUGUGUGUGUGUGUGUGUCCAUGGCUUGUGGAGCAGCCUACACAGUGGUCAUUCUCCCUCUGCAGAAUAGCCGACACAGCUUGGAGGGACUCCACUUCUAUCUCUGGCUGCGUGAGCUAAAGGCUCUGGAGCAGGAGAAGGACUGCUUGUGGCUGGGCCUGCAGUCUCUGGAUCGGACCCGACUCUGGUACCAGCAGAGCCUGCUACAGAACCACAUUAGAACCGCCGAUCUGAGCCAGAACAUGUGUGAGGAGAGUGAUGGGUCCUCGUGUCUCCUGCGCUGUGAGCUCCAGCGGGUGAACGGCACUCUGGGUAAUCUGAUGAGUGACGCAAGUGCCUGGAGCUCCGCCUCCGACUGGGAUCACAGAUGGCAACACACACUACUCACCCAGAUGGUGAGUCGGCAGAAUCUUCACAUCUCCUCCUUGCAGCUGGACAAAGACAUGCUGGAGUCCCAGUGUGUGUGUGUGCAGUGUGUCCUUGAGCCUGUCUACCAGCAAGGGGCACUAUAGUGCAACAGCAAAAUAACUAAACCACUUGGGCACUUUUCUGACUUUCUCUCUCUCACACACACACACACACACACACACACACACACACACACACACUGACUAAUUUACUGCACCCAUCACAUAUCACAUUCAAGGACAUUUAAUUUUGCUUUAUUUUCAAUAAAUUAUCGGUGAGGGGUGACGGGUGAGUUCAUAACACAUUCAUAGCAGCUGUCAUAAACUGCACAUAAAGCAUUCAUGACUGUUUCAUGAGACAUGACUCGGUUACACUUUACUUGACAGUGUUGACAUUAGAGUGUCAUGACAUGAGUCUCGUGUCAUAAACAAGUCAUAAACGUUUAUGACAUAACGCUAAUGUUUUUGCCACUGGACUAGCCCAUUGACUCAGAUGAGAUGUGAUGUGAUCAGGUAAGAGGUUUGGGACAAAAACGGCAAUGCUGCUUUGCGAUUGUUGGACUUUUAUUUUGACAAGU